AUGCAAAAUUCGCAAAAUACUGAUAACAAUGCCAUUUUUGUUGAAGAGGUUGUAAGAGAUUUUGAUCAAAAUGAAGUUUUCGAAGAAAUAACGACAAAAUUUAUUUGGGAACAGGAUGUUGAACGGUCAUGGAAUUUACUUGUUGAAAAUAACGGUAUAUUACAACAUGUCAAUCAGGAAACAUAUGACGAAAAAAAUAAACAAAAAUAUAAAAAGAGCCAAACUUGCUCCCUAAGAAAAGGAAUAUUCAGGAAUGUAAUAAUAUUAUUUGAUAUGUCAAGUUGCAUGAAAGAACGGGAUUUCAAGCCAAACAGAAUAACCGUUAUCCUUGAAUGUGUUGAGAUAUUUCUAAAAAAUUUUUUUUUCAAAAACCCAGUGGGGCAUGUUGGAGUAGUAGCAUUGAAAAACAGCUCAGCAAAAUUAAUUCAACAAUUGACAUCAAAUAUAGAUGAUGUUUUAAACUCAUUAGUAAAGGAACAAAAAGAAGGGCUUCAAGGAUCUCCAUCAUUACAAGAAGGCCUUGAAAUUGCUCAUAAUUUAUUAAUGGAUAUGCCUUUAUAUGGAACAAAAGAAAUAUUAAUUAUGUAUGGAUCUAUAAGGACAUGUGAUAAAAAAAAUAUAUUAAAAUAUUUAGAUUUGUUAAUAAAAAAUAAUAUGUAUGUAAAUUGUAUAUCAAUAGCUCCUGAAAUGCAUAUAUUAAAACAUAUUUGUGAAAAAACAAAUGGUAUUUACAAAAUAUGUACAAAUAAAAAUAUUUUAAUAAAUGAAAUAAAUCAAGUUGCUGAGACUCCAUUGUGGAUGCAUGGAAUGGAGCCUCAAUUAAUUCAUAUAUGUUUUCCAGUAAAAAAAAAAAUUAACACACAAAUUGUAUGUUCUUGUCAUAAUAUUUUAAAUACUGAUACAUAUAUUUGUAAUUUUUGUAAUAGUUAUACAUGUAAAAUACCAUCUAAAUGUAAAAUAUGUGGCAUUCAUUUAAUUUCAAUGCAUGACCUUUCACAUAUUACAAAUAGUCUUCAAGCAUCUCCAUUAUUUGUUGAGAUUAGAAAUGAGCAAAAUAAUCACACACAUUGUGCAUCAUGUAAUCAACUGUUGUAUGAUAAAGUAUCUCAAUGUACUAAAUGCAAAAAUAUUUUUUGUUUGGAAUGUGAUGUUUUUAUUCAUGAAGAUUUAAAUCAAUGCCCUUUUUGUUUAAAUGAUGAAGAUUAA